CUUGACGCGGUGUGUUUCCGGUAGAUUUGCGUCGCCAUGGCGAGCAGAAGAACUCCUAAAAACCGGGGCAGUCGCGAGAAAUACUCGGUGCUGUUACCGACCUACAACGAACGGGAGAACCUGCCGCUGAUUGUCUGGCUGCUGGUGAAGUAUUUCGGGGAAACCGGAUAUAACUAUGAGAUAAUAGUCAUCGACGACGGAAGCCCAGAUGGGACACUGGAGGUGGCAGAGCAGCUGCAGAAAAUAUAUGGACAGGACAAGAUACUUCUGAGACCGAGAGCCUCAAAGUUAGGCCUGGGCACCGCCUACAUCCAUGGUGUGAAACACGCCACCGGAAACUUCGUCUUCAUCAUGGAUGCAGAUCUUUCUCAUCAUCCCAAGUUUAUUCCAGAAUUUAUUGAAAAGCAGAAGGAGGGUGAUUACGACCUGGUGUCUGGGACUCGGUACGGUGGAAAUGGAGGCGUUUAUGGAUGGGAUCUACGCAGGAAACUCAUCAGUCGGGGAGCAAACUUUUUGUCUCAGGUGUUGCUGAGACCCGGAGCUUCAGACCUCACAGGCAGCUUCAGAUUGUACAAGAAGAAGGUGUUGGAGAAUCUGGUGGAGCGCUGCGUCUCCAAGGGUUACGUCUUUCAGAUGGAGUUGAUCAUCAGAGCCAGGCAGCUCAACUACACCAUCGGAGAGGUUCCUAUUUCCUUUGUGGAUCGUGUCUAUGGAGAAUCCAAACUGGGUGGGAGUGAGAUCCUGUCAUUCACUAAAGGACUGCUCACACUGUUCGCCACCACGUGAUGAGUUUGGACAGUCUUGUAGUUUUUUUCUCGCUGUGUUUAAUGCAGUAGUUAUGAGAAGGGGAAAUAAAACUCCUCUAGACAUGACAGCAGAAGACGAGGGAGGUUUGUCUCCUUGUUGGCAGUAAGAUGAAAUGUUCAGAAUAGUGAAGGAGCUCUUGACAUUCCCAUCGUCCUCUUUAAUCAGCUCUGAACGAAUUUCAUCAUUCCCAACCCAGAACGUCAGAUGGCUUUAACUGCUGCAUAUGUGAUUGUUUGUAUGAUAUUAAACCAUUUGUGAAGCAGAAA